GAUUCCGAAUUGGCAAAUGUAUUCCAUCCAGUAAGAUUGCCGGUUGAACAGCAUUUAACCUGCGAUUCCGAAUUGGCAAAUAUACUCCAACCGGAAAGAUUGCCGGUUGAGCAGCAAGAGCAAGAACAUCAUGGAACGAAAAUGGGACCUGCGACGAGACUUGCAGACUUCGCUAAGGAGUAUACAGAGAAAAAAAUUGAGGGCCUUUACCUC